AGUAUAUCUACGAAGCAUGCUGGUACAGUUUACAGUUUGUUGAGGACGAUUGCAUAUUGCAAGGACAUCAUCAUCGUGAUCAGUUGUAAUAUAAAUAUUUUUCCUUGAAGAUGACCACGUUCCGGUUGGUCGAGUGCUAGAAUGAGGUCACGAACUACGUCGUUGAUAUCUGGUAUCUGAUGCGAUCCAGAUAAACGAAAACCACACCUGUUGGCUCUAAUUGGAAUCUGGGCGAGUAGACCCAAGUCCGAAAAAAGAACCUCAUCCCGGUAGUUGUAGCGCCCGCGCUGGACGGAAACAGCCGCGCGGCCCCUGAUGCAAGAUGAAGUUGACCACUAGCCACGGCGCCGUCAAAAACUGGGCGCGUUGUGGUAAGUUCCUCUUCGGGCUGGUAGAAGAGGUGGAGUAGCAGGCAGGAGCAGAAGUCGGAGCAGGAGCACGCUGCCAGUGCCAAAAGGAACAGCAUCUUCGACUACAUCUUCACUGAGAGGAACAGCAUCGAUUCUACACCUCGUGUUUCGGUUGAAGUAGCAAGACCAUCAAAUAAAGUUGUACUAAGUGUCCUUGAUCAACACCAUCUGACAUCGGCGAGGAUGGUAUCACGAGAAAAAAGUGUUACAGUUCUUACACGUUUGCUGUCGAUGCAGCAACGCAAAUUUUCUCCGCAUGAGGGAAAAAACUUGUAAUGCAAAUUAUCAUAAGGGAAAACUAAAACAGAAAGAGAAACACGUAUGAAAUGAGGCUCGAAAGCAUUUCUGGCAUGACAGACGUUGUCUGUCAUGCUGGGCCUGCAACACAAUGUGUAACUGUAACACUUUUUUUUCGUGAUAGAUGGCGUCGCCGGACCACCAGCGGGUCGUCACCACGACCAGCGAGAGGACCACAGCGGAUCAUAGGACUUCUGCUAGCAGCACUGAUAAAGGAACGGCCGCCUUCGUGCAAGCGCUGGCCGAUGAUAACACGGUGCAAAUGAGUGAACGCAUGAGCUCGAUGAUUUGUUGGGCGGGAGCGGCGACACUGAUUGGCGUUCUGAUCGGGCUGCUGUACGUAUGAAAGUGCACAACUCGCGGUCCCUCUUCCCCUCAUUUGUCAUGCAAAAUCCCAAAUCAGUAUCCUAUCCGGUCGCGGCCCUGUGGCGCUGUUUGCAUGUUCACAAAUUCCGGAAGUAGUAGUCCAAACAGUACUUACUACAUUCAUUAGGUGCGCAAAUUUGAUGUCAUGCGUAGGCUCCGCAUGUGUGUUGGUGUUUGUAUUUUUACUGUCCAUGCUAUAGCUAUACAAAUGAAAAUGAUGGGGAGGGGGAGUUGUGCACUCGGAUAGUACGCGAUCGCGGACAUAUUGGUCACGACUUAUCGUCCGUGUCCGGAGUGGUUUUUCAGCGACGUCGGCGUGGGGUCCGUGAAAUGGCAUUCGCUCCAUUCGUAUGCCUUGCAAAUUAAUAAAAUCGACGAUCUGGAUCCUCUCAAAGGUUGCCAGACUUAGAAAUGCUCUAUCUGCAUAUAUGGAAUAGAGUUUCCUGUUUGUCAUGCAGAAACGCUAUUCGUCCCCUCCCUGGCUGCCCAGUCGAGUCGGAAUUAUGGCUGAUACCGUGUAGAAGGAAAGUUCAUCAUCUUCACAAGCACAACGGGCCAGACCGAGGUCGAUAUACUUUGCAAAAAUGCAUAAUUCGGGGGUACUCGUUCUGGGCGGCGUGGUGGUGGCUCUGGUUGUGUCCCGCCUGGUGCCGGCGGCCGGUGGAGCAGGUAUGUUCCAGACCCGGACCUGUGUGGCGUUUGGCGAACGGGUGCCCGCUCGCGUGGGCGCGGCAAGAUUUGUUCUCACGUUGCUCUACGUGGGGUCGGGCCACGCAUUGGAGAUCCGGACCCCUUUAUCAAGAAGAAAAAUUCCCCUCCCCAUAUCAAAACGGAAAUCUGUGAUGCAGAUUUGUGGCCACAAAUCAGCUUUGUCAUGCUAGAAGGAAAAAGAUGCGGACUGUAGUGCUAUGCUGUGUGGGAAAGCCGUGCAUCUUCAGCAUGACAGGAGGCGGCUGGAAGUGGGAAGCAGCAUGACAAAUUGCCUGAAAAGGAGGCCACAGCUGCGCCUCUUUGCCUUCUCGGAAUACAAGUCGAAGAUUUAUUGUGUACGCAAAGACAGCACAGAAAGAAAACCAACGGAAUAGCCAAGCGCGAAGAGUUUAGAAAAAAAAAUACAGCAGCACAAAUCUUGUUUUCGAGAUUAAGGGGAGGAGAGAUUUUUCCUCUUGAUACCCUUUUUUGCACAUUGGCGGCGCGGUGGCGUCGAAGGUGUACGAACUCGCACAGAAAACCGCGGGGACGCGUAUCUUUCUAUCCUGAGUAAAAACCUCCCCACACCAGAGUUGUAAUGCAGAUUUGCAAAGACAGGAAGACUUGUAAUGCGCAUCCCCAUGAGAGCCAUUUCCAAUCGUGUUUUGGAAUUUGUAUUUGUGAUGCUGUGAACAGGAUGAGCAGCUGGAUUUGUGACGCGGCUCCCUUUGCUAACCUGCACUACACUGCAGAGCGCAACUUGUCAUGCGUGACUCACAAAACUCCUAGGUUUGUGUUGCAAAAUCCUCAUCCUAACUCUGGCGUGGGUACGUUUUUACUCAGGAUACUUUCCCGACAAAGCGGGCCCUACCGGGCUUGUCGUCCUGCUUGGGUCCGUUGCCGGUUUCGCCUGUGCCUUCAAUUCUCCAUUUGGUGGGUUGCUGUUCGCUAUCGAAGAGUACCGGUUCUUUCUCGGGGUAUCGAACAUACUGGUUCCGCUUGUCGCUUGUAGCGCGAUAUGCAUGAUAUGCAAAAGUAUCGUACUAGACGCAGUGGAAAUCGCAUAGCAAUUCUAUUGCAAUUUUGUCCCCAAAAAUAUGGGGAAAAAAAUCGAACUUGAUAUCAUGCAUGAUGUUCAGGUAGAAAACUACUACUACAAAAGCGCAGCUUUCAUGCCAGACUGCACCGAUUUGCACCGCACGAUCGAAUCUACGAAUACUUUUUCAUAGCUCGAUACGCGAUCGUGAGCGUGACCAGCGCCCGCUGGUUCUUUUCUAUGCUACAGAAAAAUACAUCCAUAUUCAAGUAAAUAAAAACGUACUAUUACUACAUCGUUCCUGUCUACUCUGUAGUGCGGUCUUGUCACUAGAGCACGUCGUGAUGCGGUUUUUUAUCUGAGAAGAGAGCGGUUUUGUCUGUUCAGCAUCACAUCUGCCUGGUACAACAACCUCUCUGACACCUGUUCAGCAUUAUAGAUACUUAUAUGGUUUGUGUUUUGCGUUUCAGGUUAUUUUCGUUGCUGACCGGCAUGACAGACUACAAGGUUCUUGUUCUGCCACAAAAUCAGCCCCCACGCGAAUUUACACUAUUAUAUCUUUUUUACCACUUUUAUUUAACUUAUCUUUUAGGUUUAGGGUCGGAGUACUCUCAGCACUGCUGAACCUUUAGAACCAGAAGGGAGUGCACGCCUGGAAGGAUCAGAGCAAAAGGCUUUUGAUAGCGCUUUUUUACAAACGGCUUCAUAGUUCGCUUUCUCUGUUGUGCUCUUCCUUUUUCCUCGGGCCCUACUGGCACCAAGCAGUUUUUCUUUCGGGGAUCGGGUUCGGGGUUUAGGAUUAGGUUUGGUGGUAGACCACCCACAUUUAGGACCAUCACAUGUUACGCGUAUCCGGAUCCUCCACCUGCAAACCGUCGUGACUUCUUCCCUCCAUCGACCCAGCCGCCGCAGAAGGGUUCCAGGGUUUAAAAGGGUUUAGUUUAGGGUUCCUAUUUUGAUUUUACCACUUUUAACUUAUCUACUGUAGCUAUGGCUGUGUUUUUCUAGAGGAUAUGCGCGCUCUUUCUCAACAGACUCCCCGGGUUGCUCCAGAUUUUCCAGACCAAGUUCGCAGGUGUCUUCUCACCGUCACGUUUCCCGUGUGACAGUGCACAACUCCCCCUCCCCCUCAUUUGUAUGGCAUGAACGACAAUACAAGCAUCAGCAAGAAUGCCGGUUUUGCAUGACAAAUUUGCACUGGAGUGUAGUGCUGUUUGGGCUUCCAGGAUUUGUCAAGCAAACAGUGCUACAAGGCCGCAGCUGCAUUUGGGAUUUUGCAUUACAAAUGAGGGGGAGGGGGAGUUGUGCACUUUCAUAUCCCGGGGCACCCGACGCCGAGCCUGCGGGGAGGCACCGCCCUCGGCGCGAACGCCUUCGCAGCUGGAUCCUCAGGAAAGGUGCUGCAGUUGGGUAGUACUAAUGAAGCAGCUGGGCAGCAAUUUGCGAACGACCCGACGGUGCUUCACAUGGCUUUUCGCAUAUCUUGUGCAAAAACGUGGCGUCGCCCACCCCAGGACCACGAGGAUGUGUCCUUCUCUCUUCCUUUUGUCAAAGAUUGAAGUUAGUUCCUCUGAUGUGCGGGUUUGAGUUGAUGUUUUCCAGAACAGAAAGACCUCAGAGCCAAAAUGGGAAUUUUGCAAGGCAAGUGGUCCAGAACUUAUUUUGGGACUCACGCAUGACAAGUUUUUUCGGUGUGUAGCUGUCGUGUGUCGUGCCUACUUACGUAUUAUAGAUGCGGCACAAAUCCACUGUAUCAUUCUGGUUUAGCGCAUGUAUCAUUCUGCUUUAGCGCAAACUCCGCUAGAAAAUGAAUGCCUCAUCUGAAGAAAAGCAAAAGCCGCGCGACCGCGCAAAGUUGCAUGACAAGCUGACAAGUUUACAUGCUAAGCAUCGCACACCGGUCUUCUAGCUUAAUAGCAAAGUGAUGAAUUCAUAACGAAGAAACGAGGGGCAUAAUCAGAAAAAAAAGAUUUGCGUAGAAAAAUCUGGGAUCCUCGACGUGGGAACGAGACGUUUUUGCUCAGGAGGCCGUCGCGACGGUGUCGGCGCGCACAUGAUGCCGGACUUGCGGCCCGAGGUGGGGCCGUGGCUGUUACUGGUUUUGCCGCUCGCCCUUUCUGCCGCCCUGGGAGCCGUGUUCCUGAUCCAGGGCACGGUGAUUUCGGUACACCUGUUUGCGGACAUGAGCGCAGUGCGACGCGCGAUCGUGGUUAGUUCCGUGACCGCGCUGCUGACGCCGGCGAUCUGGAUGCUGACCGACACGCGGACCUUAGGCCCGCACCACUCGGCUGCGCACCACUCCGCCGGCCUCUCGGUCGUGCCUGGUGCGGGACGCAGUUCGUCCCGUGACCACAGCGGCUGGGAGCGGUUGGGUUGCACAGGAGGCUUUCCGCUUGAAGGCAACCGACUCGCGACUACGCAUCUGCGGAUGCUGCAGUGUGAGGUGACGAGGGAAGGCGCCGCGGUCCUGUCUGCUUUUGUGUUAUCAAAUACAAGAAAUAUCGAUCUGGGUCAGGAAUAUUGCGAGAUUUGUCAUCGACUAGUGAGGUUCAGGCAUAGAAACGAGCUCUGUAUUGCGUAGCCACUAUUAAAUACGAGUUCUUCUACUUGUCUGUUUUGCAAAAAUGCAGGCUCUGAGGCGGAAUACGUAAUACCGAGCCACAAAAGAACCUGUCAUGCUUGGCGGCGCACCAUUCCAGUGUGCUUAUUAUUCAUCACUGAGCGGUUGGAGUUGCACGAUCGCACGACCGCAACUUUCCAGACCCAGAGCGAUAUUAAAUUUGCAAUCGGCAUAAGUGUUCAUGAUGGGUAAGGGCGUGUUGCUGGCGCUGUCGACGGCCGCCAACGGUGUGGGCGGCGCGCUUGGGGAGUUGAUCGUGAUCGGGACGUCGGGCGGCAUAAUAUACGGCAGCGUGCUAGAGCGCAUCGGGCUUGGCGGUUACAUCCCGCUGGUCGCGCCGUCGAACAACAAUCCUCUGGUGCGCCCGUCGCUCGGCCUGGAGCGGUUUUUCGCACCGAUAUAUCAAAUGCAAAUAUCGAUCCGGGUCUGGAUGAAUACAAGAGUUUGGUAUGCCGUUUUUUUCCUGACCGAGAAGGCUUGGCAUGCAAGCUCCAGCGUCGCAGCUUUUGAUCAGAAGGUUUCUCAAUGCCUAAUCCGCAUGACAAAUUUCUGUACAAAAUGAGAUCAACGAGAGCUAGUUGUGUUGCUGGUCCUGUGCCAGCCGCGGGGCAUUUUCCGGUGUUCCGGACAGUGCUCAGUGCACCCCUCGGAGGACCCUACCCCCGGGCUCGGUAGCGCAGUCUGUUAGUUAAGCAUGACAAAUUUCCGCUUUCGGUGACGAGACGCGGGCAACCCUUUGUUUCUGUCCGUGACUGACAGAUUUGUGUGUCGUCUGAAAUCCGCAUUAGAAGUUUGUGUUCUCCUUGACCCAGACAUAUUUGCAAUGCAUACGAUAGGCAUGGCCGCGAUGCUUGCCGCGUUCUCCCGAUGUCCGCUUGCCUCCGCCGCUGUCGCGAUAGACAUGUUACCCGCGGGCAUGAAUACGCAGUACGUCCUUAGCGCAGCAAUUUUGGCCGCUUCCCUCCUUGGAUACCUCGUGUCAAUUCUGCUGCAGCCCAAGGAUCUUAUGCAGCAGGUAUAAUUGUAAUGAAUAUGUAGUGAUGCUGGUAAAAAUAUUUAAGAUGUUGGAAUUGGGCCCCUGAGUAAAUUGAAAUUUUCAUAUUUUUUAGUCAUAAAAAUCUCGUCGUGCAUCGUCGCAGAACGGAAGCGUCUUCGUCUUGGAGAGAAUUAUCCAUCUUCAAUAGUACUGUGAAGAAGAAAAUGAAUCCAAUUUUAGUAUAAGUGGCCCAACAUCAUCAUGAUCUUCUCAUGAAGAAACGAAACUGAAAUUCUGUCAGUUAUUGGAGCAGGAGACGCUAGAACAAGUGGCAAACAGUAGACUCGAUCUGAAUCGGCAACCCUUGGUUGUCGAUAUCAAAUGCAAAUAUGUCUGGGUCUGGGAAGUUGAUGCGAGAUGUGUCAUGCUGGUCUGGCAUGACUUUGAGUCUGAACUCUGUGUUGCGUCACCGCAAAGAGCUCCUCCUGCCUGUCAACAUGCAAAAACGGAAUUUUUCAUGCGGAGUGCGCAACUCAGAACCAUGGAAAAACUUGUCAUGCUUGGCAGCGCAUUACAGUGUGCUCACUAAGUAUUCCCUUCCACCUUGCGUCACAAGUUUAUUCUGGACCCAGACAUCAUAUUUGCAAUGCGUAGUCGACCGGGCGCAACAACAAGAUCCGGGCACGGUGGCGGCUGGAGAUAGUGGUGCAACUGGAAUUAUGACCCGUAGCGGGGGUUCGGCUGCUUCUUCCAAUGUAGCUCCAGCAGACCACACGACCGAGGGGCAGCAGCUGCGGGCGCGGGGGGUGGGCGGUCGGUUGCUAUCGGGGGAUAAAGGCAAUAAAGUGGACAACUACCGCGGAGGAACGUCAAAUGAUCCGGAGCUACUGCUCGAUGCUAAAACCGGGCAGCUACGACCACGAGGACUCGGAACAAGCAGCUCCUCGUCGACCAGUAUGGGGACUUCUAGUUACAAUAAAUCGCGUCAGAUGAAUGUAUCCAACAAUGUAGUUGUCAGAAGUCCCUGGGCACCAACGGAGGAGGAGAUAGAGUGCGAGCGGACGGCGCGCGGUGGGACGAGGAGAAGCACUCUCUCGAUGUCGUCCUCGACAGGAGGACCACUGCGGCGGGCGGUUCCCAGAAGCACUCUGGACAGGGUCGUGGCCGGUCGUGGUCCUACUCCUACGGACGCGUCACCCAACCUGAGUUUUCUGCAGGGCAUCCUCCAGGACCACAAGAUGAGGGCAACAAGCGCUGGCGCGGCGUCUGCAGGGUCCUCUACUACUUCGAAGAAUAAUGCAGUGGAGGAAGCGCUCGGUGUCAUCAUGACCAGGACCAGCAACGACGUCGUGGGUAAAAAUAUCAACGAGGGGGCAGACGAGGAACAAGAUUCCUUGCUGGCGUUGCUUGGACCAGGAGCACAAGUUGUGCAACGACUACAGGGAUCAUCGUCCACAACCACCUCGCCGCGAAUGGCAGGAGACCCGCGGGCGACGGACGAUUCGCCUGGUGCUCCCCUACUAGUAUUACAACCUGGACAACUUCCGGAGGAGCGUCGGGCGAAUAACCCAGUUUCGGUCUCGCACUUGGCCGAGCUCACGUCUCGGGUGCGCACAGGGAUGACGGAGAACGAGGCUGGUAGUACAGGAGCGGUACUGCUUCCCCCGCUGGAUACUAAUAGUACAACCUUGCGCGACCACGACGUCCCAGAAAAUAGCGGCGCAGCUGCUGCACCAACGCAGCUGGAACUUUCCCCGCAGAACAGGAUGAAAAUGCAGUCCAUGAAGAAAAAACUGGCGACACAGGCGGUAUGGGACUGCUCUCAAACGUUACUACACUUCUAUUGUGUGUUCUUACAUGAUAAUUGCAAUUGUUGGUCAUGCAGCAAAAUUACCUGCUUGCAGCCUCCACACGAUCAAGCUGGAGGUUGUUGUACAAGAAAUUCUCGAAGCGCGGCUAGACAACAUGGAAAUCACAUGUCGAAUUUGUAAGGCGAGAGGCCCUUCGGCCUUCGCCUUCCGGCCCAACAAGCUCCUCAUUUAUUUAACUAUUGCAUCAGAAAUAAUUGUUCACGUGGGCACAGCCACAGCUUUGAACGAUGUAACGUUCUUGGAGAGCUCCAUAGGCGACCUUUGGGCCAGGCCCACGCUCAUCCGCGGAAAGCGGUGGAAUUUCAGCGCACAACAGCGAUUCGUCCUAUGCAUUGCAAAUACUGGUGGUGUUUGGGUCCUCUGGAACAAUGCAACUUGUUGUGACACUGCUUUUUGAUUCUGAAAAAAUGAGCUGUACUGCCUGAGCUGCAGUCAGUGGAGCCCACUACUUUUUGCUACGCGGAGAGCGCACUUCUCAUGUUGUGGGAUACUAGGCAUCAAGAACCAUUCAGAAAAUGAUCUGUGAUGAUGCGGGGGCAUACAUCCAGACCCAGACAAACAGGGGCACUCUUCCAGGAGACCCAGACACGUUUGCAGUGGAUACGUCCUCGUCCACACCAAUUGUUUCCCCGCGAUAAGGAUGAUCGCGAGCC